AGCGAUCCCAAAAUAACUGCUGGGCAUGGCCCUGCGCACGAUCCGUAGGGCUCGCCUAUAAAAAUCCCUCAGCUGGGGCGUGUGGACAUAAUUGGAGGAGUGUGUUGUAGGUGGUAUCCGAGCGUGGCCCCAGAUACGACGUUGGCCCCCCCCCCCUCAUUUGCUUUGGGCCGUAGAACCUUCACUUUUAUCAGUUUCCUCGCCUGUAAGUUGAGGGUGAUGGAACGACCACCCUGUAGGGCGGCCGUGAGAAUUGGGACGAAGCCUGGCCCAUGUUGAGCGCUCAGCUCUCCUUGCGUAGAGUCCGUAGAGGGGCUUCGUCCCACCCUGCAUCCCCAAGGUCUCAAACUCGAGGGCCUGCAGGUAAACAGCGUCAUUAAGGUGGCCUUGGGUGAGGAAGAACGACAGCCCAGCUCUGCUUCUCCUUUCCCGGAUCUGGCCUCACAGGAGGAGUUGGCCGGCAGCCGUGGGCCCCUCUGGCCUUAGCCAGGUUUCCUGGCCAAACCCGGGAGGAGAGAUGCCCUGGACUGUCUUGCUCUUUGCAGCUGGCUCCUUGGCGAUCCCGGCGCCGUCCAUCCUGCUGGUGCCCCCACACCCGAGCAGCCAAGAGGACCCCAUCUACAUCUCCUGCGUGGCCCCCGAGAGCUUCUUGGGGGCGAAUUUCACACUGUACCGAGGGGGGCACAUGGUCCAGCGCCUGCAGGCCCCCGCGGACCACCGUGGGGUCACUUUCAACCUGAGCGGCGGCAGCAGCGAGGCCCCGGGGGGGCCGUUCCACUGCCAGUAUGGCGUGAUGGGCGAGCACAGCGAGCCCCAGCUGUCGGACCUCAGCGCGCCUGUGCACGUCCGCUUCCCAGUGCCCACUUGGAUCCUGGCGCUGUCCCUGAGCCUGGCUGGAACCUUCUUCCUCCUCGCGGGGCUGGCGACCCUGGCCGUGGUAGUCAGGAAAGUUAGAGUCAAACAUUUACAGAGGAAAAGAGAUCAAGAAUCCUGCUGGGCCCAGAUCAACUUCGCCAACACAGACAUGUCUUUUGAUAACUCCCUGUUUGCCGUCUCGAAAAUGACUUCAGAAGAAGACUCAGCCACUCCGGAUGCUCGCUCAGGCACCACUGUCAUCCCCGGCCACUCUGGAGCCCGGAAGAGGCCCACCUCCACAUCGUCCUCGCCCGAGCCCCCCGAGUUCAGCACCUUCCGGGCCUGCCAGUGAGGCUGAGAACUGGGGGCCCCUCCAUCUCCCGGCCUUUCAGGGCCUGAGGUCCCUCCAGCUAGUUCUGGCGGGGCUUGGGCUGCUGUUUUCUCAGGGAAUGGAACGAGGCGAUGAAGUGGACCCCUGGCCUCGAGACUUUUGUCACAGGGGAGUGGGAGAGAGGGGGCCACAGGCCGGACAGAAAGCAGGAAGACCCACUUUGGAUUUUCAGCUCCUCGGGACCAGCAGACAAGGAGAUGUCAGGGUCCCUUCCCGGGGCCAUAAAGGGUCCCCACUCCCAGCGGCACGGGAUUGGGCACCUGCCUCUUCCCCACUGGGUUUUUUGAGCAUAGGGUCCCCGGGGUGUUUUCCCAUGUGUCUGCCCUGCUGACAUGCCUAAGUUAUUCAUUAUAGCACGUGUUCAUGUAUGUUC